UGAGAGGCGCGGUGUGAUUGGCCGCGGGACACAGGUGCGAGGGACAACAACAACAAGAUGGACGCGUGCACCGCCGUGGCCAGGGAGAUAGAGAAGGUGCUCAGCAAGUUCACCUCCUACAGCGACCACGCGGCGGGCACCAUCACGGCCCUGCACGCCAACCUCGAGGGCCUGCAGCACGAGAUACACCAAGUUGGCAGCGGGGACAUCACAGAGGCCCAGGCAGUGAUUCUGAGCCAGGCCAUCGGGCGCGUGAAGGAGGCGGUCACAAGGCUCAGCACCGACCACCGAGACCUGCACUCCUCCGUCUCCAAGGUCGGGAAGGCCAUCGACAAGAAUUUUACUGCAGAUUUUGGGUGCAUCAGCAAUGAACUGGUAUUCAGCGGAGAUAAACAACAGCUUGUUAAUGAGGUGAUAUGCCAGCACUUCUUCCGAGAGGGACUGCUGGACAUAGCUGAGGAGUUUAUCACUGAGACUGGACUGGAGCUCCAGGAAGAGUCACGAGAGCCCUUUUUUGAGCUGAACAGAAUCUUGGCAGCCCUCAAAGCGAGAGACCUUGGUCCUGCACUACAAUGGGCCGAGGAAAACAGAGAGAAAUUAAGGGCACAAAACAGCAGCCUGGAGUUCAAGCUGCACCGCCUGGCCUACAUCAACCUGGUGAAGGAAGGUCCCCACAGUGUGCCUCAGGCCAUCGAGUACGCCCGCCUCCACUUCACUCCCUUUGUCUACCAGCAUGAGAAAGUCAUCCAGAGUCUAAUGGGCUGCCUGCUGUAUGUGAAGGGAGGCCUGGAGAACUCUCCCUAUGCAGACCUGCUCAGCUCCCACCAGUGGUCAGAGAUCUGCGAAGUUUUCACUCGGGACGCCUGCGCUCUGCUUGGCCUCUCUGUGGAUAGUUCCCUGGCUGUAUGUGUCAAUGCGGGGUGCACUGCGCUGCCAGUACUUCUGAACAUCAAGCAGGUGAUGCAGCAGCGGGCGGUGCACAACAUCUGGAACACCAAGGAAGAGCUGCCGAUUGAGAUAGACUUGGGCCCAUCAUCUCGCUACCACUCCAUAUUUGCCUGCCCAAUCUUGCGGCAGCAGUCGACUGAGAGCAACCCUCCGAUGCGGCUCACCUGUGGCCACGUCAUCUCUCGGGACGCCCUCAACAAGCUCACCACCAGCGCCAAGCUGAAGUGUCCCUACUGUCCUGUGGAGCAAAUGCCAGCAGAGGCCGUGCAGAUCUUCUUUUAAUCACUGUCUCCUUCUUUUAGAUAUAUAGAUUGUCAUGAAUAUAUCUCAAUGUAAGUAAGCUUUUUCACUAGUUUAUAUAUAAGAAAAUACAAAUGCAUUCUUUUAUAUCAUGUUUGAUAUCUAUAUUCUACGUGAUCAACCAGUCAUCAUUUCAUCACUGUAGGGUGUAGUGUACUUCUUUAAUAUCUGUGCUUUCAUAGUGAGUAGCAGGAUGUGUUAGGUAUUAGAACAGAUCUCUGUAGUGUUUUAGCACUAUUGCAAGGGUGUAGAUGGUCCAGUCUCUUAUUCUUAUUAUCAUAAGUUGAACUCACUUGGUAGGCUUCCAAGUUUUUCUUUGAAGAAUGGGAUGUUAUGCUAAACAUUACUCUCUAUUCAUUGAUAGUUUCUCAAGGUUUAUUUUCAAUCCUUGUAGGGUUAUAAGAUUUGGUCCCUUAGUUAAAACUGAAAAGUUAUAGAAUCAUUGUUUCUAGUAAGUAUUAACUUAUGGAUUAUAAACUCUGAGACUCAAGAUUUGUCAACAGAAAGCUUUGGGAAAGUCUGAGGUAGAUAGAGGAGGUAGUAGAUAUUUUAAUGUGAGGGGCAAUGGGACAAAAGAUGAAAGUAUUUAGAAGUAUAAGCGAAUCUGGGUCACCAGUAACAAGAUAUUGGCUCUGUUGAAAUAAUGCCAUGGUGAUCAGUGGUUAGGUAAACAGAAUGGCAACUUAGUGAAGAAGAGCAUUGCUGAGACAGGCAGCCGGUGAACUUGAGGAGUUAAAUCAGUCAGCUGGGGUAAAUUAGAAUAGACAUGCAGCAAAUAUCUUAGUGAGUCAGAUAGGAGCAGGCUUUGUGUCCCUCCAGGUGUAGGACCUGGGAGUGACAAUACUGGUGUUGUGAAGCACUGAAGCUUGACUGUGUGUGUGUCGCUGUCAGAAUCCUGAGGCAGUAGUGUAGUGCAUCAAUUCUGGUCUGGGUUAGAGAAGGACUGUUCUUUACUUCGUGCUGAGAGUGGCCGUUAGUAAUUUUUGACAAGUUGGGGUUUCUACAUCAUGUUUGUGUUCAGCCAUCACCAAGGUCUCUCAACCAAUGUCCUUUAGCAUUGCAUUUACAUCUCCAGCUGACUCAAACACGUGCAGAGUGUUAUUUAGGAAAGCAUAUUGCAGUUUGUAUGCUUGAUACUUUGUGUGCUGGCAAAGUACUGAGUGGAUACUACUACUAUUGCAGUAAGUUAUAUGGAUCUGAUCAUGAAAUUCAAGAAUUGAUAUACAGGACAAAUGAGAUUAAACCAACAUGUAUUUCAAUGCCAAGCAAGUAUGGUGUACACAUUCAAAAUUAAGUAUCUUUUAUCUUGUUCCCUGAUACUCAUAAUCAGGAAUCACUUUAAAGAUAGGAGUUAAGAGAACAAUUAUGUUCGCAUACACAAUGAAGAAAGUAUGCAUUCUGUGUAUACUUAUAAUGAUUUCCAACAUUUCAAUGUUUAAUGGGUUACAAAGAUAAUCAUUGUGUUAUUUUCUGGGGGCUAGUUUUAAUUAAUGAUCAGUAUUGUUGUACAUAAUUUCAUAAACUGAUAAAUGUUGUCAGUUUUGACAAGAAUAGAAAGCAUAAAAAAUUUCAGCCUUCAUUUUAACACUUUCAUUACCAGCACUGAUAUACAUCAUAUUUUUCAGGGAAAUAUUCUAGUCCCUAAUGCAGAAAAUAAGCAUCUUUGGAAAUCAUGGAGUUGCAUAGUGGUAUUAAAAUUCAGGUAAUACUACUUAGACCAUUUUCAAGCAAGAACCAGCUGUGUAAGCUAAGAAUAAAACUGAAACUAUACCAUUUCUGUGUCUGUCAAAUGUGCUAGUCAGCUGUGAUUGGUAUAAUUUCUCACUCAUAUAUUCUUUUCACCACAUAACGUGUGUGCUGCUCCUUGCUGGCUUGGGAGGCUUGUGUCCAGUCAAAGUAACUGCAUGUCCUAAUAUUAAGUCAUGACAGCCGUGGAUUCGGAUAACAUUUUAACACAAAAAUUUAUUGAAGCUUGUAGAGUGUAUGUAGGUUACUCUAAGGAACCUAGGGUAGUUACUGUAGUUCAAAUUCAGAGACAUAUUCAUUAGUUACCACAAACUGUGUAAUGUGAUAGUGCAAGAGAUGUGAUGUAUAUUAGUGUUCAUUACCAUUUAUGUCAACCACAAAUACAUGACCCUGCCUUCUAUACAUUCAGAGGGGGAAGUAGAUGUAAAUUUGCAGUUUGUACUGUAUGUAGAUGUGUAUAAAUUUGUUAACUUUUA